GCUGGCAUCGCUUUGCUAGCGAGUGUUAGCGCUGCCGUCGCCCACUACCACACCGAAGCUCCGCAUUGUGUAUCCGAACCGUGGAAACCAACAAUCUUUGACGACACCGAUAUAUACUCGGCGCGAACAGGACUGCUGCCUUUUAGUGCGCUGUGUGCCUGUACUCUGUGAAGUCGUAACGUUUAUACGUCUCUUUGCGGACACAGUGCUACGUCACCAUGGAACAUCAUCACUUUCAUUAUAACCAGCAGCAGCAUCACCACAGUCAACCGGAGCAUGAGCUCGAGUUGGAAGAAUGGCACCAACAGCUGGAUCUGGAGCAUCACAUUCGCCACUGCCAGUGUUCGUGUAAUCACAUGGGCUACGGCAAUUACUGGAGCUACAAGGACAAUUUGAACAAAAUCGGAGACGAACUUCACAUGACAUCUAAUUUUGUCACCAAAUCACAGCCGAGGAGCUCUCCUGGGAGCUUCAUCGGACGAUCAGAACUCUCCUCUCACACACCGGCUGGUUAUUACGGUCAAAACGGAGGCGGCACAAUUCCUAGGAGCCAUCGACGGCCGACGCAACAUUACACAACGGCUGGCAUUGCCGAAAGUAAUUUUCUAACGCCAUCCAGUCAAACGUCAAUCUCUGGCUCUUCCCGCCGACCUGGGCAUCACCCGCUCAAUGGCUCAGCGUCGAUGGUUGCUGAACCCGGUCUCGAUGCUGACGAUCUGAUGAACGACGAUAGCGACUCAGCGUCGCAGUCUAGUCGACCAGGCAAGUUCAUUUCUCAUUAGCUACUCCUAAUCAUGCC